UUUACCCUUCAAAAAUAUGAGCUUUUUGAGAUCAAACUUUUUGCUGGGGCUUUAUAUUCUCCCUCCACCAAAUUUCCUGAGAGCUGGAAAUGGAAGACAAUGACCCGUGGCUAGCCCGAGACAAGCUCUAUCAUCUCCUCUUCUGCUUCUCUCUCACCCUCCUCUUCUCCACAUUAGCCGCGCAAACCCCCUACCCGUUUCUACGCCGCCACUCUAUUCGGGUCGGAUCACUCCUAUCUCUCUCAGCCGGCGCCGCCAAGGAGUUCGCCGACGAGCUCGGAUUCUUCCACUCCGCCGGAGCCUCCGCUAAAGACGCCGGAGCCAAUUUCCUCGGCGUCGUCAUCGCUUCCCUCCUGCUUUAUCUGCUUAACCACUUGGCCCGAUCCGAUAAUGAUGCGGGUCGGAUCAAAGAGGUCUCCAUCGUCUGAACAGAAAAAGUGGGCUCUUGGCUCAUAGGGUUUACUGGGUAUUGUGGGAAUUUGGGAUUUGGAGAAACAAGAAUCGGGCAUUUUUGGUUUUUGAUGAUCACCUGAAGUAGUGGUGGAGGUGUUGGUGUUGAGAGUUAAUAAAAGUGUUCCUUGGUAUAUGAUCCUAUUGAGUUGGUGGGCUUUGAUUGGUGCUAUUAAUGCUAAAAAUCUGCAAAUCAAGUAGGGGAAAGAAAGCUGCAUAACUUCUUGCAAAAUGAGACAAUUGAACUUAGUUCUAUAAUUUGGGAAAAUACUGGAGAGAAAUAUGACAUUUCUGUACUUCCCACUGGGUUUUAGGAAACAAUGAAACACUAAAUAAGGGACUAAUACUGCUUGAUGAAGGUGUUGAGCAGUCAUCUUCUGAAGCUUCUUGUCAAAGGCUUUUCAUGAUUUUCACCUUCUUCCUCGGGCAGCUUGACUGCUGUGUAAGUUCCCGCCCCGCAGAGUGCCCCAAGAAUUGGUGCAGUGAAGUAGACCCAUAUGGCUUUGAAGUUGUUUGCAGCUAUGGCUGGUCCUAAUGUUCUCACGGGGUUCAUUGAACCUCCUGUUGUCUCCCUGCACAAUGUAUGAAGUUAAAGGUUUCAAUAGAUCAUCCUUCUAUAUUGACUUGUUGAUUUUUUUUUUUUUUUUAGAAUAAUUGACUUGUUGAAUUUUGGUUUACAAAAAAUCUUGAAGGUUGAAUUUGUGACUAUCAGACAGACAAGCAUAGAUUAUUGGUUGGAAUUUAGUCAUACCCAGCUAUGAGUAUGUUAAGCAUGACAGUUGCUCCCACCGCGAUUCCCGCCAAUUCCCCAACCUGCAUGUAACAAAAUUCUUUGUAAUUUUACAUUUACAAAUUGAAGAAUUCUAUUUACAAUUAACAUGUUUCAUAGUUGAAAGCUUUCUAUCAUACUGAUGGUAAGAAUAGAUUAGCUCAGUUUUAUGAGCAACUUCGUUGUUGGCAAGAUGGACAAUAAGAUAUAUUGCGACUA